AGCACCACGAACAGCGCUGGCAGGAUGAACGGGCUCAGCAUCGGACAGAACACUAUUCCAAUGAAGGACCACGACGCCAUCAAGCUUUUCAUCGGCCAGAUCCCCCGAAACCUGGAGGAAAAAGACCUGAAACCGCUGUUUGAGGAAUUCGGAAAGAUAUACGAACUCACUGUACUGAAAGACAGGUUCACGGGAAUGCAUAAAGGAUGUGCCUUUCUAACAUACUGUGCCAGAGAGUCAGCACUGAAGGCCCAGAGCGCCCUCCAUGAACAGAAGACUCUGCCAGGGAUGAACCGGCCCAUCCAGGUGAAGCCAGCCGACAGCGAAGGACGAGGAGAAGACAGGAAGCUGUUCGUGGGAAUGCUCGGCAAGCAGCAGAGCGAGGACGAUGUCCGGCGGCUGUUCGAGACCUUCGGCCAGAUCGAGGAGUGCACUGUCCUGCGAGGGCCUGAUGGGGCCAGCAAGGGCUGUGCCUUUGUCAAGUUCUCAAGCCACGCAGAAGCACAGGCCGCCAUCAACAGCUUGCAUGGUGGACAGACUAUGCCUGGUGCCUCGUCCAGUCUGGUGGUCAAGUUUGCAGACACCGAUAAGGAAAGGACCCUGCGUAGGAUGCACCAGAUGGCGGGCCAGCUCGGCAUCUUCAGUCCCAUGACCAUCCAGUUUGGGGCCUAUGGCGCCUACUCUCAUGCUAUGAUGCAACAGCAAGCAGCCCUGAUGGCAGCUACACAAGGGUCCUACCUGAACCCCAUGGCAGCCAUUGCUGCUGCGCAAAUGCAGCAAAUGGCAGCUUUCAAUGUCAACGGCCUGGUGGCCACUCCCAUGACACCGUCCUCAGGCACCAGCACACCCCCAGGCAUCUCUGCCACAGCCGUGUCAAGCAUAGCCAACCCGAUGGGGGUCAACGGAUUCGGUGCCCUCCAGCCUCAGAGCAACGGGCAGCCCACCUCUGAGACCAUCUACACCAAUGGUAUUCAUCCUUACCCAGCACAGAGUCCAACUGUGACCGACCCUCUCCAACAGGCUUAUGCCGGUGUCCAGCACUACGCAGCAGCCUACCCUGCCGCCUAUGCGCCAAUCAGCCAAGCGUUCCCUCAGCAACCAACCAUCAUUCCCCAGCAACAGAGGGAAGGGCCAGAAGGUUGCAACCUGUUCAUUUAUCACCUGCCCCAGGAGUUCGGAGAUGCGGAGCUCAUGCAAAUGUUCCUGCCUUUCGGCAACGUCAUCUCCGCCAAAGUCUUUGUGGACCGAGCGACCAAUCAGAGCAAAUGUUUCGGCUUUGUGAGUUUUGAUAAUCCAUCCAGUGCUCAAGCCGCAAUCCAGGCCAUGAACGGGUUUCAGAUAGGCAUGAAGAGGCUGAAGGUGCAGCUAAAGCGGCCAAAGGAUGCCAACCGACCUUAUUGA